AUGACAAACACAAUUCCAGCACCAACAGAUGUGGGGGCUCUGGCCAAUCGCAUCAACUUUCACACCAGAGAUCAACACAACAAAAUCGACGCACAAAUGAGCGUCAAGUUCGCUUUUGCCAUGAAGCAUGGCUUCAUCUAUCGCCAAGGCAUCCUGGCGUUUUAUUACGUUUUCCAGGCCAUUGAACAGGAAAUUGACCGAAUUUUGGAAAACGCUCAAACCCAACAGGAAGUGCAGACCAGAGAGAUCCUAAAGCAGUUCUGGGUCGACGAUUUCCGUCGUUCAGACAAGAUUCUAAAGGAUUUGGAGCUUUUGUACGCCAAAGAGUGUCCCACAAGUGCAGACUUGCACAGAUUCAUAGAGCAAAACGCACUGCCUCUUGAGCAACAAGGAUUCGUGGAUUACGUGCACCAGAGCAUCAAGAAUAGUCCAACCACCGUGCUGGCAUACUGUCACGUGCUCUAUCUUGCACUCUUUGCAGGUGGACGUGUAAUGCGUUCCACCGUGUAUAGGUCGACAGGAUUGUUCCCCAAGUUCCCAGAUCUCAGCCCAGAGGAAGUGGUUCGUCGCGGAACGAAUUUUUUCACUUUCAGUUCCGAGGGUGUGACAGCCGAAAACCAGCUUCGCAAGGACUACAAGCGUGGGUACGAAUUGGCAACACGCCAAGGUCUAAGCGAAGAGCAGAAACUGGAAGUUAUUCAGGUGUCAAACGCGAUUUUCGAGUGGAACACCCGGGUCAUUUCUGAACUAGGUGAGAUCAACCGUCAAGAACUGAUGGGGAAGCUGAGCUUCAAGCUGAUCACUUUCGCGGUCGACGAAUGGAAACACACGGAGAAGUUGAGUCGCAAACAGAAAAGUCUCGUGCUGGCCAUGGGCGUUAUGAUUCAAAUUCUGGCAAUGUGGUGGAUGCUUCGUAGAUUCUUUUAG